GUACCUAACGUCGCAGGCACCUCUAAAAGCCCCCGUACCUUUUUUCCCGUUGCUAAAUCUGUUGAAGCUGAUAUUCCUCCUCUGCAUGUUUCAAUGGCCAAACCAACCUAGCCCGAUCCAAUUUCGCUUAUCAUUGGAAUAGCAAUUAACAAUUCUUCGGUAGAGAUAUCGACUUAUCGACUUAUCGACUUUUGACGAAGCUCGAAUCAGGUAGCCUAGGAAUUGGCAGGCGCGAUUUGUCGUGGGUGAGAAAUCGCAGUACGUACAUACGGACAUACGGACACGGGGGACUUAGGUUGUUUGGCCAGCCUUACAGCGAAAUCGGGUACUUGUUUAGCGCACAUCGGAGCCUUCCUCAUGAGGCGGCUGGUUUGGGCACCGUGCAACUGCGACCGCGACUGCCUCGACUGCCUUGCGAGACGGUAGCAAUCAUGUCCUCUACCAACACCGAUAUUCGAUCCCUCGAGCGAAUCAUAUCCACUUUGCUUAAUAAACAGUUACAACACAUCUGCUCGUCCCAUGGAUUGAGAACAAGCGGGGUUAAGGCCGAUUUACAGAAUCGCAUCAAGAAUGCGCUCCACGAAAACUACCAGUCCGACCCCGCGAACUACAACGCGAUACGCGACACGAUAAUGAACAUCCGAGGAGGAAACUCUGGUCCACAGAGUAUGGCUCCUCCGUCCAAUUUGGGCGUACAGCCUCAGAGUCGCAACCCCUACUAUAACUCGUAUGGCUCAUACCAACCAGCAGGUUCCAGUAUGCCCCAACCGAGUCACGGCUAUAGCAACGGCGCCAGCGUCGUCGGAAAUGGCGCCGGGUAUCCGAUUGCUUCUAGAGCACCACAUUCAGACAACAUCUUUAAAAAUACGCCCUUCUACACCAUCGAAAAGAGGAUCGGCCCGCUUCACACGUGUCCUGUCAUGAACAACCACCGAAAUUCCAUCACCAUAACCUUAAAAGCUAGCGACUACCCAGAUCUUGGGCGAUGCGCGACUUACUCAUCUACUAAGCUCAUGGUAUUCUGCGGAAGCGAAAAUACAGGGCUUCAGGACAUUCAGUUCCCUCACCAGUCCGAAGUCAAGGUGAAUGACGAUGACGUAAAGCAUAAUCUUCGAGGCCUCAAGAAUAAACCAGGAUCAACCCAUCCGGUUGACAUCACCCCCUUUUUAAGACUGAAGCAGACCAACUAUACUAACAAAGUCGAGUUCACUUAUGCUCUGACCACUAAGAAGUUCUACCUAGCGUUAUACGUAUGCAGAACACACCCAAUCGACGAACUAGUUACGAGGAUCAAGGCGAAGAAGAUAUCCAAAACUUCGGUCAUCCGUGAGAUCUCCAAGAAAGCCAACGAUCCAGACGUUGUAGCAACUUCCCAAAACCUAUCUCUAAAGUGUCCGCUUAGCUAUGCGAGAUUAAGAUUUCCCUGCCGAGGAACAACAUGUAACCAUAUCCAGUGUUUUGACGCAAAUUCGUUCAUGCAGCUCCAAGAACAGGGUCCGACUUGGAGCUGUCCAAUCUGCUCUAAGUCUGCACCGUUUGAGAAUCUAGCGAUAGACGAGUACGUACAGGAGGUCUUAGAGAACACUCCCGAGUCAUGCGAACAAGUCACCAUUGAGCCAGAUGGUCAAUGGAGAGUAAAGUCGGAAGAGCCAGAACCGACCCGAUCUCGACCCCCUAACGGUACCAAGAUAGAGGAUGAUGAUGAUAUAUCAAUUCUCUCCGACACCCACGCUUUUGGCAACGGUACUCCCAGCGUCCCAAUAGGCAGUAUGAGGAAUGCCAUGAGCACACCAAGUCGCUCUUUUCUUGGCGGCGGAACGCCCAACGGCGGUCAUCGAGAGACGCCAAACACGCAAAGGUCGGGAAGCAGUAAGCGGCCGGCAGAGGUUAUUGAUCUUACCCUCAGUAGCGAUGAGGAUGACGAGCCUAUUGUUCGCCCUCCAAAACGUCAAAACCUAGGGCCGACUAAUGGUAUGAACUUUCCUUCUGCAUACAGCUAUUAGGAAUAUACAUCGUAUUCGCCACAGCCGCGCGACGCAGUGGAUUUUCUACAAUAUCAGACAAUGGAAUUCGUAGAAGAGUGGAUGAAGGUACUCCUACGAGACUAGGAAGUUGGUUAACAUUGGGGGUUUAGUAAUUAUUACGCAAAGUGGGCGGGAGUAGUUUCUACGAGGGAUAUUACGACGUUUUCACGAAAAAAGCAUAUCUUGCGGCAUGGAAUUUGGCAUUAUCGGAAGUUCGAUACGGAGCCCUUUUUUCGUCUCUUUUUCGCCUCUCCGUCCCUAGUUCUCUCUGUACAUAGAAUGCGAUCAUCCCCUUGUGCAAGCAAGGUACGGGUAUGACGAUAGGGGCAGGAGGGGAUGGUCACCUCGGCGUUAGGGGUGGAAAUACCUAUUGCUUUAUGGAGGCUACAUAUGGCUGGAGUUGCGAUCGAGAAGGCUAGAGCGAAGCGUCUAGACCCGGCGGAUUAUAGGUCUUUACCAGUAGUCUCAUUUAAAAAGUGAAUAAUAAAAACCUGGUGCAUUAGAA